AUGGCGUUUCACAAAAAAAGUACACUCAAAGCUACUAUUGAUGCAUUACAUAAUGCAUGUCCAUUAAAGGUCUCUUGUGAGGUUAUAUCCAAAGCAUUUUGUGAUAUUUUACAUAAUGACAAAGUCUUUUGUGAACACUCUGAAAUACACACUAAAAUAUUUGAUUGGCUUGAGGAAAAAAAUCCCUCCCAACCAUCAAGGCCAUAUGCAGUAUUCAAAAAAUGGGUUUAUUCUUCUGCUUUUUUUGGAUCAAAAGGACAAGGGGCCUUUAUUGAACCUAUUUUUAAUUUGGUUGAAAAAGCACUUAAUGAGUUCCUUAUUGAGAAUGAACAUAUGAUUCCUUCCGCUGUUGCCAAGAUCUUUGCCUCCAAACAUCACAUAAAUCCAGAUUUUGAUAAUGCAGAUACUCAAUGUAUGCUUAAUUUCAUAAUUGAGAAUAUAAAAAUUUUUGACAAAUCAGUAUUCCCAUGGAAUAGGGUAGCUCAUGGAACUUUAAUAGAUCAAAAAGGUCAAUGGAGUGACCACAAACUCCAAUAUAUUGCUAUACUUGCAUGCAAUGUUGUCACCUGUGACAACUAUAAAGAAUUACAUGCUAUAAAAGAAAAACUUGAUAAUAAGAUUAUUCAAAAAUGGAUGGAUGAUAAUUGA